AUGUCGCCAACCUCCUCCUCUUCCUCCUCCCCGCACCGACGCCCGCUGCAUUUCAAUGCCGCUGCCGCUGCGAUAACGGCCUCAUCUGCCGUCACUGCUGCUGCUGCGCCACCAAGCAGGGGUCCGCCCUCCUCCUCCUCCUCCGACCUCGUCCGGCGGUUCCAUCAACGCAUCCUCCCCGGCUACGCCCCCACCGCCCUCGUCGGCCUGCCCUCCGUCGCCGCGGCCAUCGGCGUCGGGGCCGUCCACCUCAAGCACGAGGCCGACCGCUGCGGGCUCCCCGCUUUCAAGAUCCUCGGCGCAUCCUGGGGCGUCCACCGCGCCGUGACAGCACGCCUGGGACUGCCGCCGGAUGCCUCGGUCGACGUCGUGAAGCAGGCGCUGUCGGCGGCGUCGUCGGGGCUGACGCUGUACGCGGCGACGGACGGGAACCAUGGACGGGCGGUGGCGCGGAUGGCUUUGCUUCUGGGCAUCACGGCGGAGAUUCACGUCCCGUGCUGCAUGAGAGAGGACACCAGGGACCUGAUUCGGAGUGAAGGCGCGAGGGUUGUCUUGUCGAAGGGGGACUAUGAUACUGCGGUGCAAGAAGCCUUUGCAGCUUCACAGCACUCUAAUGGCCUUUGCAUCCAGGACUGUAGCUUUGGGGAUUAUACAAAAGUUCCUCAGUGGAUUGUCGAGGGCUACGAGACCAUGCUGCAUGAAGUCGACGAGCAACUAGAUGGAAAGUCUCCAGACCUAAUUAUCGUGCCCGUCGGCGUCGGCUCAUUUGCGCAAUCUGUCGUGACGCAUUACAAGACGCCCGGCUCGCCAUCGUUCCCCCGCAUCCUGUCCGUGGAGCCCGACACGGCCGCCUGUCUGUGGAAGCGACUCGCCCGCGGCGAGGAGCGCUGCGUGCGGAGCGCGCCGACCGUCAUGGCCGGCCUGGACUGUCUGACCGUGUCAGAGCAAGCCUGGCCGGUCCUGCAGCGCGGCAUAGACGCCAGCGCCACCGUCUCCGACUUUGAAGCGCACCAGGCCUGCGAGACGCUGCAAGAGCUCGGCGUCGGCGUCGGACCGUGCGGCGCCGCCGCGCUGGCCGCCCUCCGCCGGCUGACCCCCGAGGACAAGGCGAGUCUGGGUCUCGACGACAAUUCCGUGGUCGUGCUGCUCUCGACGGAGGGGCCUCGGUCCUACGACGUCCCGCACGAUGUCUCCGCGGCCAAUGACCCCGUGGCGCUCACGCAGGCCCUGGUCCGGAUCGACUCCGCCAACCCGGCGCUCGGCUCGGAGCCCGGCCCCGGCGAGACGGAGAUUGCAAAGUUCAUCUGCUCGUGGUUCGAGCACCGCGACAUCGACGCGCACUGGCUCGAGCCCGCCCCGGGCCGCCCCUCCGUCGUCGGCGUGGUCCGGGGCCGCGGCGGCGGCAAGCGUCUUCUACUCAACGGCCACACGGACACGGUGACCCUCGUCGGCUACGACGACGACGCCCUCGAUCCCAGGAUUGAAGACGGGAAGCUCUACGGACGCGGCUCCGCGGACAUGAAGUCCGGGCUCGCCGCGCAGAUGGUCGCCGCCGCCAACGCCAAGCGGCUGGGACUCGCCGGCGAUGUCAUCGUGACCGCCGUGGCAGACGAGGAGUUUGAGAGCCUGGGCACGGUCAACGUCCUGGAAGCCGGGUGGCGCGCGGACGCGGCGGUCGUCUGCGAGUGCACCGACAUGGCGGUGACGCGCGCGCACAAGGGCUUCGCGUGGGCCGAGAUCGACGUGCACGGCGCGGCGGCGCACGGGUCCCGGCCGGACCUAGGCCGCGACGCCAUCGCCAAGGCCGGCUAUGUGCUGGUCGCGCUGGACCGGUACGCGGAGGAGCUGGGGCGGCGGCCGGCGGCCGAUCCGGUGGUCGGGCCGCCGAGCGCGCACGCGUCGCUCAUACGCGGCGGCGAGGAAGUCUCCUCGUAUCCUGCCAAGUGCACCAUCACGCUGGAGAGGAGGACCGUAGCUGGGGAGGGCCCGGACGCGGUGGAGCGCGAGCUGCGGGAGAUGCUGGAGCAGGUGGCGGCGGAGACGCCGGGGGGGCUGCGGUAUGAUCUCCGGAUCACGUUUCAUCGGCCGCCGUUCCACAUGGACGAGGACGCGCCGCUGACACAGCUCGUCAGGAAGCACACGGAGAAUGUAACGCGCGGCGAGCCCCAGGUUGUCGGCGCUCCGUAUUGGACAGACUCGGCGCUGUUGCUUGAUGCGGGUAUCCCGACCAUCCUAUUCGGGCCACGCGGCGAGGGGUUCCAUGCCAAGGAGGAGUUUGUAUACGUUGAUUCUAUUAUACAAACGACGCAUAUUCUGACGCAAAUUGCGCAAGAGUUCUGUGCUUGA